UUGGCUGUCUAAUAAUGAGGCUGCUGCAGGCUUCAGCAACAAAAUUUUUCUUCGCCUCCAGGAAAAGGUGGAGCGGGGAGAACAGGCUUACUGCUACUGUGCCUUGAUGGUACAACACAUGUCCCUGCAGAGGCAGCAGGAGUGGGAUCCACAGACCCAGCGCCAGACAGGGUUUGUUGACUUGGGAGCAGGUGUUCUUGAUGCUGAUGAAGCUCCGCUGGCCUCAGAAGCCAUAAUCCUCAUGGCAGUUGGCAUCUCAAGUCCCUGGACAGCUCCACUUGGCUACUUCUUUGUGAACAGCAUGACUGGCCACUUACUUGCACAGCUUCUUCGUCACACCAUCCAUAAGCUGAACAACGUUGGCAUCACGGUGCUAGCUGUGACGGCCGGUGCCACCGCCUGCGGCGCCGAGACCGCCAGAGCUCUGGGGAUCAGGAUGGACCCUGAAAGGAUUCAGUGCACUUUCCAGCAUCCACCUGGCUCUGCUCACACCAUCAUGUACUUCUUUGACGUUUGCCACGCGCUCCAGCUGAUCAGGAGACAGAAGAUAGAGUGGCUCAGUGACACUGUGCAGUGGCAGCAUGUGGUGGAGCUGGCCACUUUGCGGGAGCAGAGGGUAUUAGAACCAUGCAGUCCCAAGUCAGGCAGACUUGGAAGUAAGGAGAUUUACCACCUGAAGGUCAACCUUGCUACCCCUUUGUUCAGCGAGGGCGUUGCUGAUGCAUUGGAACACCUCCAGAAGCUGGGCCUAGCCUCUUUCCAGAACUGCAGUGGUACUGCCAAGUUCGUGCGUUUGAUGAGCUCUCUGUGCGACGUGUUUCAUGGCAGAGGUUCCUAUAGAAGGGGACUGAAGUGGCCUUUGCUAGCUGGAAAUUACACCAAAAUAAGCCACCUCUUUAAUGAGGCCAAGAGCUGCUUUGUCACCUUCACAGACUCUAUGGGGAGACACAUUAUUAAGAGCAAACGCAAACUAGGAUUUUUGAGUUUCUUACUCAAUGCCGAAAGCCUCAAGUGGCUUUACACCAAUUACAUGUGUUCAGAAGGUGCCUCUUCCCGCCACCUCCUGACCUGUGCCUUCAGCCUCGACCCCCUGGAGCUGUUCCUUGAGGCUCUCCGGGAAGCCUGUGGCAGCAGUGGGAGCCCCACCUGCUCUGUGUUCCAGGCCGCUUACCACAAACUGCUGGCCAGCUGCAGCCUGGCACCGGGCUCACCACGCAGCGGUGCCUCGGGCAACACGAGUUCCUUGGACGCGUCCCUGUCCCGCAGGAGAGACCUGACCCUCGGCAGCAUUCGUGCUCAGUAUCGCCCAGCUGGUGGGAGGACGCUGGCAGCAGAGUGCCCCUGCUGUGCAGGCCUUCUUCUGCAUGGCUGUGAGCUGAGUAACGCGCUGACGGACCUGUCCCUGCGCGCACGGAGCGUCACCCGCGCCACGGGCAUCGUGGCUGAGCAGCUGGCCUCUGGCUGCCCCUGUGAGCCUUGUCUUGCCUCGCUCUUCGAGCCGGAGGAGAGCGGGCCAAGGUGCGGGUCGGUGCUCUACGUAAGGAAGUUGGGUGGAGUGAGCCUGCCCUCGGCGAGCCUGUACCGCGUAACAAGCCUUUUGGAGCAAGUUCUGAACCGGUAUAGCAAAGUAGGAGGUGGCAACAAAGAAAGCAAGCUAUGGCGUUUGUCUCUAGAACGGGAAGUCUUCCAGGAGCUUCUGGGAGAAAGGCCCCUCUUCCCCACCCUUACGAACCAUUUAUUUGACGGGGAGUUGAGCGUCAACAAUCACUACACAGCCUUA